UGUGCUGGUGAUAUUUUUGUUGAUGUUUUACACAUAUUGCAAUGAUUUGUAAUACAUUUGAGACUUGUAUCUUGAGAAAACACGAAUGAAAUAAACACAAAAGCAAUUCAGAAUGGUCGUUCAAACAGGGGCAAUAGAUGUUUGCAGCAGCCCUGGGGAGAGGGAUGCAGUGGAGACCUUGCUUUCCAUGGGGAAUUCAGUCUGUGUCAGCAGUAGUGAUGAGAACUCCACUUUAUCGGAGGAGGAUGCACGGUUCACCCCGUCUCCGACCACAUCCAUCCCAUCUGAUGACGACUCGAACUCAUCUGAUCCUCCGAUAUACAGAAGGAACUCAAAACUUGCUAGGCUCUUGCUGGAGGAUCCUUCAGAUUUUCCUUACAAACCAAUAAUGAGAAGUCAACAAAUGCCUGCAGCUAUGGUGCCUAACUAUCAACUUGCCAGAACAGGUGCAACAAGUAAUCCAUCAAGGAUGCCUGAAAUGUUUAUUGACUCUUCAAAUAUCCCAUACCCUCCACCAAAUAAACAGAAACUCCAUGUCAAGAGGCCACCACCAAUUCUAAAGAAAGUGCAGCCAGAGGCUAAGAAACAGAAAACAUGUGACUCAUUGCUAGGUAUCAAGCCCAUAACAGACCAACAGACUGAAUCACACAGCGGUGCCACCAUUAAAGUUCAAUCACAAGAAAGUGCCACCAUUUCUACAUCCACUAUUGCUACAAUUCAGAACUUAAAUACAGCAACAAAUCCCCCAGUGAUUCAGGUGAUCAUUGUGAAUAACCAAUCAUCGAGUUUGGACAAUGACAAGAAUGCCUGGUUAAAUAAACUGUGUCCCAUUGCCCCAGCUCCACCACCAAAUAAUUCAUCAGAAGGGACAGUGCAAGACCAGGGAUUGGGAAAUAGGCGUAGAAGCCAUGUGUGUGUGUAUAAAGAUUGUGGAAAAACUUACUUCAAGAGUUCGCACUUAAAAGCCCACCUCAGAACACAUACAGGAGAGAAACCAUUUGUGUGUGUAUGGGAGAAUUGUGAUAAGAGAUUCGCCCGCUCUGAUGAACUGUCACGUCACAAGUACACCCAUACUGGGGAAAAAAAGUUUGUCAUCACAAUGGUUCUGCACGCGCCUGAUAUUGACAACCCCGGGGAAAGAGAUGCAGUGGAGACUCUUCUGUCAAUGCGGAACUCCUCGCACAUCACCCUGAAUGGUGAUGAAUCAAACGCGUCCGAGGAUGAGACCUUGUACUCCCCUUACCUCCGUGGCUCGCCUGUUCGCAGUCCGCGAUUUUACAGCGAUGAUGACUCCUUGUCUUCUUUCCAAGAAUACCCCAAAUUCAGAGGGUCACCCAAGCUUGCUAGACUUCUAUUGGAGGACCCAGACGACUUUGACAGAGAGAUGAUGCGUUGUCAACACGUUUCGGUCAUUGUGCCAAAUUACCAUCUUGCUAAAACUGGGGCUACUUGCAAUCCUUCAAGAUCACCAGAGAUGUUUAUUGAUUCUUCAAACAUACCUUUCCGUCCCCCACCCCCGCUGGUUAGGGACAAUGUCUCCUGUAAACGAAAGUUCCUCUCACCAGCAUGCGAUGAUGACGACAAUCGUUUGGAAACUGUCUCAAAAAGGAGGAGAGAAGAAAAGACACCAACUUCUCCAACAAAAAGGAAAACUGGCGACAUCGCGACAUAUUCUCCAAAGGAAAUCACCAAAAAUAUCCAGGUGUCUUCUCCAGCCGAUGAAAAGACGGAAGUUUCAAUCAACAGACCGGAAGAGGAAGAGAUUGUACGGAAAAGGACAAAGUUAUUGAAUGAUAUGUUGACAAUCGAGGAGAUACCCAAAACGAAUGAGUCAAAUGCUUCCAUUUCUACUAGUCCAACAGACAAACCUGAAUCUCCAAAGUUGCUCCCCACAGCAAUAUUACCAGCUCUUCCAAUAAUUCAGGUGAUUAUUGUGAAUAACUCUUUGAACAAUCAACAUGUCAACAACAAAAACGUUAAACUUAAUAAAUUUUGUCCAAUUGCGCCUGCGCCUCAUAGUAAAAUUGAAAGUACAGGAGGUGUUAUGGAUUCAAAGGGAAGUAGCAGACGACGGAAUCAUGUUUGUCACCAUGAGGACUGUGGGAAGACUUACUUUAAAAGCUCACACCUGAAGGCACAUUUAAGAACACAUACAGGAGAGAAACCCUACAUCUGUAAAUGGGAGAAUUGUGAUAAGAAAUUCGCCCGCUCUGAUGAACUGUCACGUCACAGGUAUACCCAUACCGGGGAAAAAAAGUUUGUAUGCAGUCAAUGUGAGAGACGAUUUAUGAGGAGUGACCACCUUGCUAAACACAUGAAAAGACAUGCCAAACCUCCCAUCUUGCGAUAAUGGAAACUUGUAGAGCAAAUCUGUCAAAUUAUCGUUGUUGUUGUUAUUGCUAAUUUAAUUAUUUUAUUUAUUUGUUCUUUAUAUAUUGUACACUUUUGUAUGCUUGUUGUUUUGGUUAACAGGAUAUGCGAUACUUAAUAUGCAAAUGUUGCCUUUAAACAACUGUGUAGCAACAACUUAUACUCUUUCCCACGGUACCAAGGACAUUACUUUUUGCAUAUCUCAAAAUACCUAAAUACCUUGGCUUUCAAAUUAUAUAUUUGCAUAUUAGAAUACUCGAAUAGGAAAAAAGUGUGCCAAUCCCAGAUUUAAAAAAUGGAAAAGGGGGUGGGGGUUCAUUACUGUGGCAAAUUCAAAGACUACCGGGGUUUAACAUUACAAAAAUGGCCCCCACUUCAGAAAGGGAUCCGUCAUUAUUCGUGAUUUUUCGUUGCUUCCCGUCGAUAAGAUUAUGAUGUAGUACACGUUUGAAAUCAAUUUAUACAUGUAUGUCACACUUGCAUAAUCUCUAGAAAUAACGACAACUCCUACCCCCCUCGCUUGUAAGUACCAAUCAGGUUAACCUCAGUGUUAAAUGAAAUUUCUUUGAAAACAAAUCAAAAUUUAUCUGUAAUCGUUUAGAAUGUGAUGGGAACGCUCAUUUGGGGCAUUACAUUUAUAUGAAAGUACAUGUAUUUACACAGUUGUGUGCGUGUCAGUGCGGGUAACACAAAACUUCUAGAUGAGGUGUCACUGUCAUGAUCUCGUGCCGGAUUGGACGAACAAGAUGGCGGCGGGAACAAAUCGGGUGUGAUAUUCAUGACGUUUAAGAUAUGAAUACAUUUUGCUGGACGCGUAGUAUUAGUUUAAAAACCGCCGUACAAAGUCUUCUUUUGCAUCAAUUUUCUAAAAGAUAGUAAUGUUUUAUAUUCUUCAUCUAUUUAAGUAUUAAACAAAAAAAAAAAAAAGAAGAUUUCUGCAAUCCUCGUGAAAUUUUGGAACAUUUUUAAACAUAUAUAAUUCUUUGUGCUUUAAUAUUAUUAAAUUAUCAAGGAUUGACUUUGGCUUCCCGAUGACCAAGAAGCGUCAGUGACCUACAUGCAAUUGUUUUCAUGAGGAAUUGCGGGAGGUUCACAAUAAGUGUGCUCCACAGGUAGAUUUUUUUGUUGAAAAAUUGCAAAACCAGACAAAUAUAUCAUGCCUUACUUUAAGGCUGCUGUCCAUUAACAAAACACGCAAGCAAUAAGCAACCAUGCAUGUCAAUUAUCUUUACCAUACAACUUGAAGUGAAAUAAUGUUUUUCUUGUGUAUUUUGUUAUUUUUUUUUUUACAAUAAAAGGGAAAAAAACCCUUAUUUUUA